GCAGGUAGACAAGUAAACACCAAGGUUGAUAGACGAAGAACUUGAAAGAGUCUACUUUGAAUAAAAUACUGGUAUUUACCAUACUGGUUCAUUCGAUUUUUUUUUUUGAAUGAAUCAAGACCAGGCUGAAGAGUGCAGGGUUGAGUAACUCGAAGCGUGAUGUCACAGACUCUCUUGGCUCUGCUAAUGCUAGCAUGCAUUAUGCAUCUUUCUCCUUGGAGCAGAGUCCACCGCUACACGGAGACGGCAGCUGCUUGCCCGGCUUACAGACUCCCCUAGCUCGCUCUCCAGGACGCCCUAGGAAACAGCUUCUCUCUGACGGGAACGCCGCUCCAGAGACCGCCCGCCCGGCUGCCACUCUCUCUGCGUAUGACAGGCAGCGAGGAAGGAAUCUCGGCAGGAACGCCUCACUCUCUCUCUCGCGCGCGCAGCUGUCUUGUCUUGUUGGAGAAAGUUCUGGACUGACAAAAAUGAACAGGAUGAUAUUUCUCAUCUGGAUCUGGGACUUAAAAAGUUCUUCUCACGAGAUUCUACCAUAUUUCAGCCCUGCAUGAAAAAAAGAUAACCACCACCUCCCAGCUCUCACAGUGGAAUAUUUCUAACUAUUCAGGAGACGACCUGACUGUACCCGUGACUCCUUGUUGUGGUUCUGAUCCAAGUGGACCCCCCGGGACCCUGACAACUGCGGGCUACAGUCCCAUGUGGUCCCCCCCGGAGGUCAGCUCAGAGGGACACAGUGACGGGUCUGGAUAAGCCGGGCGCACGAGUGUCAAUGCUCCUACUGGUUCUAAGAUGAAGGUAUGGAAGUGUGCUGCCAUUGCCUUGACUCUGUGUGGCGCAGGACUGGCCUUCUUCAUCACUGACAUAAUGGUUCCCACGGCGCCCAGUCACCAGCCUGCCUGGGCCUCUUCCUCCUCCUCGCACGCCUCUUCAUCGUCAUCCUCCUCCUCCUCCUCCCCACUGGGCGCCAGCCGGCAGCGGAGAGCGCGGUCGACAGACGGGAUGAGCUCCAUUCUGACUGAGCUCAUGCACCUGUUCCAGACCUUUACGGAGGGCGAGCUGAGGCAGGUGGUGGGCAGCCUGGUGGACAGGAAGACCCGACGCCAGGCACGACACGACGACCGCCUGGGCAAACGGACUAAACGGGCCAAGAAGGGAGUGAAGCCGUGCUCCCUGCGCGUGGUCAACAUCAUGGUCAGUGAACUGGGGCUGGGCUUUGAGAGCGACGAGACAAUCAGCUUCCAGUUCUGCAGCGGCACCUGUAAGGCCAACCGCCGCAACUACGACCUCAUCCUGAAGAAGUGGAAGAGGAAAGGCAUCUCCCGUAGGGACCGCAGUCCCUGCUGCCGGCCCACCGCCUACGAGACCGACUACGUCCUGGAUAACGACAACAGAUACGUGAAGCUGGGCAAUUACUCUGCCCUGGACUGCGGCUGCGUAUGAUGUGUCCCGUCUGCUGGGCGCCAGCUGUGUGGAAUUUGGCACAGCUGCGGCCAUUUUCAGGAGUGUAGCAGAGGGGGGUGGGAAUGGAGCGCUCGUGGGGAAGCCCUGAGGGGGGCCACGUCUCUGGGAGCAUUAGACCGUCCUCUUGGUCACAUGGUUGACAAUUCGGGGGGGAGCCAAUGGGAGACCAGAGUGGGUCGUGUGCACCACUGACAACGGCUGACGACACAGGAAAUACCAGAACUGCUCCUGGAGGAAAGCAACAGUGUGACUUCCUCCCUGCUCUGCUUUCAACAACAAAAAAUAUGCUUUCUUUGCCUUCCAAGGGAUACUCUCUCAGAGUGUGACUUGCAGUGUGGGGAAGCCUCGGUCUCAUUAGUCAUCUGAGGCGUUCUCCGUGGUAUGACUUGUUAAGACGUGCAUGCCUCCAUGCCAUGCUGCUUUGAUACCACAUACACAUGCUUCUAUACAGAGUGUCUACAGACUAUAAACCUUACUAUAGGAGGAGGCCACCACAGUCAUUCACUCACAACACUAGGGUACAGUAGGGCUAAGAUCGCCACCCUGUCUGCGCGACUGAACCGCUAAGAAACAUUUUGCGCCCAGUUAAAAGGGUUCCUAAAGCGUGCAUUCAGUUGUCAGUUGUAGAAAUACCUUUAAAAAAUAAAUACAUAAACUCCCAACUAUUAUCUGUAAAUAAUUAGGCUAUGUUUGAAACUACAUAGGGGUUAGAAGGUUAUUAGAGAAGUUUUCUCUACAGGGAACAAAUGGGUGAUUUAAAAUAGUUUAAGUUACCGUUUGUCUGACCGUGCAUGAGAGAGAGAGACCAGGGAAGGAGCCAUGCGCUUCUGGACAUCCUGUACAGCAAGUGCAUCAUUCCAUGACAUCAGACAUUGGACCACAUCAUGGAAUCUCCAGCCAUGACCAGAUACCACAUAUAUCUACCUCAUUUAUGUUGAACGUUUCUAUGUAGAGGAACACAUUAUCACAUGUGAUCCCGCUACUCAGCUAAAAGCAUUUUAGGGGAAGCUUUUUACCUGGAGAAACAUUCUCUUAGGACAACCAUUUAUUAUCUACUUUCCUCUGGGUUGAUAACAGCCUCACCACAGAGCUGUCUGGUCAGUAGAGGUCUCAUGAACUGAGCUUUUAGAUGUGCAUAGCGACCAGAUAAACACACAAAGUAUCUGGGUCACCCUCGGAGAUCAUAGGGAACACAGGUCAAUCAAAUUGUCUCGUGAAACACAACAACUGCGACGCAAGCGCCUGUUCCGGGACAGUAACGCAAUCCACCAAAACUUGAACGUCAGUUUUGGUGGGCGGGGCCUCAGUGUUCUCCCGCUGUGACCAUCUAGACAGGGCUAUCGAUUAAGCGAGUGACGGUCGGCUCGUAAAUGUAGCAGAAAGGGGGUUUGCGCUUCAGUCUUACCCUGAACUGGCCCGCGGAGCAAAUCCCAUAAUAGACUACUCUAAUCUAUUUAGCUCCUUUAUCACCCGAUUGGGCCCUGGUUCUGAAUGCAAAAGGAAAGAAAAGCAAGUAAAUCCACCACGCGACACAAAUAUAGCUCCAGAACUGUUGUCAGCAAGUCGUUCUAGGACUCUUAAGCUGUGUUGCAGCGUGGCCCCCCUGUACAGUUUGUCAGACGUUAGGUAGAUGGAGGCUGGUGCGAUUCCCUGUUCCACAUCACAGUAGUCUGGUUUUUCUACACUUCUACCUAAACACUACUUUAGUGUCAUGCAUUUCAUCAAAGAAAAGGCAAACCAUGUGUUCUUUGUGGCCACAUAUUCUGUACAUUUGGUAGCAACCAAUUUGCCCACAGACUUAUAAAAGAGAAAAGAAUGUCUGUCUGUUACAAAGGCCAUGCUUAGCUCACACAUUUGGAUAAA